AUGCAACCCGAACAACCACUCUCUGACAGAGCUACCACGGUGUUCUUCAGCCCAAACCCUGGGACCUACGCUGUGAUUCGCAUGAAUCCAGUUGCGAUGGUCAAAGACCUCAACGAUCCGGAAGCCCUAUCCGCCGCGGAAGCUAUCCAAACCAAAGCAUACGUCGUGUAUCUCAAAAAUGAACUGGAGAUUCCGUUCCCCAAUAAACCCUGGUACCGCUACAAGAUUUGUCCGAUAGCACCCUCGCUACGAGCGGAGGACAGAGAUGAAGGGUAUGCCGCGGACAUGUGCAUCCCUAUCUUCCCGAAUACGUCCCAUCCGCGAGGACGCACUCCAUUGCGCACCGAGCCCGUCUUCCCGUACAGCAACUGCUAUCACUGGGCGGAGUUCGAGACUAAUAUCCGGGUCCGUGCGCGACCGGAGCGGUUCGACGAGCGGCGAGCUAUCUUGCUCAAAGGCCCGGAGAAAGUCAAAAUGAACCGCUAUUGGGGAGAGGAUAUCACGCGCAUGGACGAGUUGCAAGCGCAAUAUCGGGCAACUACAGGGUGGCAAGCCCCCGCCGUCCAGGCUGAGAUUGCGAGUCCUGGUGAAGCUUCUCUCAACCGCCACCACACGUCAGCGUCAGGGUCUACCUCAUCUGUCAACAGCGGUGGCAGCUAUGCGGACAGUGCUCUCAGUGAAGAUUCGGAAGACAGCGUUGACGCUGUUAUGAAUAUCUUCGCGGGGCCCAACCAAGACGUGAUCGUGCUUCCACUGGUUGAUCUAUGGCUCGACCUUGCCGAGAACCUGAAGCAAGAAGAC